UUCUUCUCCGCAACUCAAGGAAUGGUUUAAAAUAGGUGGAAAGUUUCAAUUAUACUAAAAAAUAUUACACUAUAAAAGGGCUUCAACAUUCACUUUUACAAAUUGAUAGAAGACAUUGAAGUAUACCACCCAAAAAACUUCAAAAAAAAAAAAAAAAAAGGUUGGAGGGGUUUGAAAAGAUGGAUUUGAAAUUCAAGUUGGUUCAUAUUGUAUUGGGUGUGUUAUUUCUAGCACAAUUUGGGGAAUCUCAAAAUGCAACUUUUGAUAUAACUAAAUAUGGUGCCAAUGCCAAUAGUGAUAUUAGUGAGGCAGUGGGAAAAGCUUUUAAAGAGGCAUGUGAAUCAACAAGUCCAAGCACCAUUGUAAUCCCAAAGGGAACAUUCCAAAUGAACCAAGUGAAACUAGAAGGACCAUGCAAAGGCCCUAUUGAACUUCAAAUCCAAGCCACUUUGAAAGCCCCUUCAGACCCUAACCAAAUCAAGGUUGGUGAAUGGUUAACAGUCAACAAACUUGAUCAUUUCACAAUGUCUGGUGGUGGAAUCCUUGAUGGUCAAGGUAAAGAUGCAUAUGAAUGCAAGGAGUCCAAAAAGUGCAACAAGCUUCCCAAUAACUUGAGCUUCAACUCCCUCACAAAUUCCAUAAUCAAGGACAUAACAACAUUGGACAGCAAAUCAUUCCACGUUAACGUUAACCAAUGCAAGAACUUAACGUUCUUGCACUUCAACGUCAGUGCUCCAGCCAACAGCCCUAACACUGAUGGUAUCCACAUCUCGAGGUCAAGCUCUGUGAAUGUUACAGACUCUAGCUUUGCUACUGGAGAUGAUUGCAUCUCCAUUGGAGAUGAAACGGAACAACUUUACAUCACUAAAGUCACUUGUGGACCUGGUCAUGGUAUUAGUGUUGGUAGCCUUGGUGGAAAUCCUGAUGAAAAGCCAGUUGUUGGUGUUUUUGUUAAGAAUUGCACUUUCCUUAGCACUGAUAAUGGUGUUAGGAUUAAGACAUGGCCUGCUUCUCAUCCUGGUGUUGUCUCUGAUAUACAUUUUGAGGAUAUCAUUGUGCAAAAUGUUAGCAACCCUGUUGUCAUUGAUCAAGUUUAUUGCCCAAGUGGAAAAUGCAACAAAGCCUUGCCUUCACAAGUGAAGAUUAGCAAGGUGACUUUCCAAAACAUAAAAGGUACAUCAAGAACUCAAAGUGCAGUAUCACUACUUUGCAGUAAAGCUAUACCAUGUGAAGGUGUUGAAGUUGGAGACAUUGACAUUUCAUAUAGUGGUAAAGAAGGACCAGCAAACUCUAAUUGUGAGAAUAUUAAGCCAAGUUUAAAGGGAAAGCAGAGCCCGGACGUUUGCUCUGCCUCUGCUGCUGCUCCUGCUGGUUCUUCGUCUUCUUAAUUAAUUAAUUGUUGAGUUUUAUCGUAAGUUCAAGUUCAUUUUUCAUAUGAUCAUUGAACUUAUGAUCUUUCUUACUCAUGUCAAUUUUGUAACUACCUUUUAAAUCGCUAAAUUUAUAAUUUGUGAAUAAGAGAAUAAAUUUGACGAAAAAAGUCUAAUGACCUAUGA